GCCGAGCACGUCUUCUUUGAGCUCCUCUAUCACAGAUUACGAAUAUGAGAAUGGACGCAGGUACCAUAGUUUCAAGAAGGGAGCUUACUUUGCUCCCAACGAUGAGGAUGAGAACGACCGCUUAGACCUAUGCCACCACAUGAUCACCCUCCGUAUCGGGGGCAAGCUGCACCUCGCGCCCAUUCCUUCCAACGUCCAGGACAUCUUGGAUUUGGGAACUGGCACCGGCAUUUGGGCGAUUCAAAUGGGCGACGAGUACGAAUCCGCCCGCGUCCUGGGCAACGACCUCAGCCCAAUCCAGCCCAGUUUCGUACCACCCAACGUGCGCUUCGAGGUCGACGACAUUGAGGACGAGUGGACCUACACGCACAAGUUCGACUUCAUCCACGCCCGUUACCUCAUGGGCUCUAUCCGCGACUGGCCGAAGCUGGUCGCCCAAUGCUACAAACACCUCAAACCCGGCGGCUUCAUCGAGCUGCACGACUUCAACAUGCAAGUCUACUCGACCGACGGCUCGCUCGACGAGGAAAACUCGUACCUCUGCCGCUACCUGCGCGAGUCGGCCGCCGGCAUGCGCUCGCUCGGCGUCGAGCCCGAGCCGGGCUCGCGGCUCGCCGGCUGGGUCCAGGCAGCCGGCUUCGUCGGCGUGCGCAACGAGCGGUUCGCGUUCCCGAUCGGGCCGUGGGCGAAGGAUAAGGGGUUGAAACAAGUUGGGUUGCUGAAUCUGGCGAACUUUGUGGAUGGGUUGGAAGGGUUUUCUAUGAGGCUGUUGACGGGGACGAGGGGGUGGAAGAAAGAAGAGGUUGAGGUGCAUGUCUCGCACCUCAAAAAGGAGUUGAAGAACCGAUCGAUUCACUCUCAGCACGACAUGUAUAUUGUCUAUGCCCAGAAGCCGCUGGAUGCGGAGUAG